GCAAAUCCAGCGUAGGCGCGUACUUGAAACACAAUUUUAUCGAGCUAAAGGCUACGCUAGGCUAAAACUUACCAUAAACUAUGCGUGGUCAUGUGUGAACUGUAGCAUAACGCUAAGUUUGGCUUGAAUGGCCUGCUUCUUAUCUAGAGUACAAAUCAGUGGUGACCCUAAAGACUGGAGAAGUGGAAUAACUGCAAAAACAAGGAAGGAAGAGAGAAGCUGGAGGAGCUAGCAGCACGUUUCGGGUGUAAUUUUGCUCUUACGCCGGUAGUCGGGGCCUGGAGACAUGAUGGCUUUAGUGUGGAAAUGAACCAACUUUACAACUGAAGACGAAUUCUCAUCACCCGAACGAGUGAGAAGUUUAUCAUUUGAAGGAAGCGUCAGAGGGAACGGAGUGGAUAUGGGAUUAUUUUCAGCACAAAAGUUUGUUUUUUGUGUUUUUUUCUGGGGAUAAUGGACGCUUAUUCAGGAGAAAGAAAAAAAACCGUUGCAGUUUUGAAAGAAGCUCUCCCUCGCGCGCGCCGUGUUUCUGUUUCCCAACUGAAGCGCAGCCGCACCCUCUGACGAAUUAGCCAACAAGCUAACGACUAAUUUUCACACAGAACUCGCCUUUCUUGGACAAAUACAGCUUCAUUCUAGAAAAAAAACCUAUUAAUUUCGAAGAAAACCGCCUGUUAUCCCUCAACGCCUUGUUUCCCAUUUGAAGUAAAGCCGCACCCUCUAGUUUGCUUCCUCAUACAGACGAAGAGACCCCACACACAUAUAUAAAGCUGGAAUACACCUCAUGUUGGUUCUCCUGAAACACCACUGGAUGGUGAUGGGUUAAAAAAAACAAAAAAAACAAACAGGUUUAAAACCAGAUUUAAAUGAGAUGUGUACCAACAGGAAAGCCCAGCAGCGUGUGUGCCGGAUGGUCCUGAGGUUCCCAUGCUUUUUGCUGAGGAAGGUGCAUGGGAGAUAGCCAGUAAUGCAUAAGGGACCUGGGCUUCAGCAAGAACUGGCCAACAUCACUGGGUUACGAGCGAAAAGGAAGAGGUUAAAAGCCGAGGGAAGUCAAACCCUGGUCUUUCGGUGGUUGAAAAUCCAGCCUGGUGCUUUUUUUGGAGUCUUUUCUACAGUAGGCGUUGUGGGAUGAUGGUGCUGAAAGUGGAGGACCAUCACAGAGAGCUUAAUUCAAACUGCUGCUGUGUUACAGCCAUGACCCUCAGAGGCACUUUCCACUGGAGGAUCAAAAUUAACAAUGGCUCAUCUGGUUUUAGUCAUUUGAUGGAUUUCAUUUGGCCUCCUGCAACCACGAGAAGGGCAAGGACCUAUAAACGCCCGUCUGCUUGACAUGAAUUAACAAAAAUAAAAAAGCUGACACAACUGUGGCAAUAGAUUCUUCACACCCUCAGAUUCAGUAUCGAAAGUGCUUUUGAUGAGGUGUAUGUUGGUCUUUGGAUGUCUGGAAUCAGCUGGCACUUUGACUUGAUUUGAUCUCUUGUAUGGCACUGCAGCAAGUGUAUGGUUUUGUUUCUGUUUUGUUUUUUUGGUUUUUUUGUCUGUGUGUGUGUAUAUAUAUGUGUGUUGUUGGACCUAGAUAGAUGAAAAAACCGACCUGUGAAACUGUUCAUAUGUACCCAUGAUGUGAUUGUGAUGUGAUGAGAUGUGCACAAUUAAGGUCAAAUAACAUAAACAUUAAGGAGUUCAGCAUCAUUAUAUUGAAGGGAUCUUUAAAUGUAGCCUUGAUUUUGACCUCAUUCAGCCUUUUUUUUAUGUCACACUUAUGCCAGAACACAGUUUCCCUGAGUGAAGUCGCAUUAUCCUCUAUUUUUCUGAUUUUGCAAAUGUUUACUGAAAUAAUCUGAUGUUCAAAUAGUAAACAGUGGAUAUUAGUGUAUUUUCUGAAGGACAACACUUUUGGGCCAGUUUCUCAGAGAAGGUGUGGUAUUAUUUCUGAAGACAUUUUCAUAUAAGUUAUGAGUUUGUACUGUGGAAUGUGUGGUGUAAUAUAUUUUGUACAAAAAAGAAAAUCCAGAAUAUUAGCUUGACCACCAUACUAUGGCUAGUAGUGGCUCGGGAAAGUCAGACAGCGAGGUUCCAACGUCCAACAUCCCGAGUGGCAGCUUGCAGCAGCGGAAAAGACUCUCAUCUGUUUGUGACACAUGCAAAAGCAAGAUGCAGCUGGUGGCGGAUUUACUUCUGCUGUCCAGUGAGACCAGGCCGGUGAUGACCGCGGAUGGUGUGCCAGUGGCAGAGACUUUUGAGAAGUGUCGGGAUACAGUGAUUGCUAGGACGAAGGAGCUGUCCAUCAUCACUCACGACAUUCAGAGCCAGCUCAACAUGGGGAAAUUUACGGAGGUCGGGGAGCGGUUAGUGGAAAUGGGCAACCUGGUGGUGUCUCUAACGGAGUUUUCAGCUCACGCCGCAUACCUGGCGGCGGUGGAGGCACCGGGUUCACAUGCUGCCGUUCCGGGAUUGGUGGAUCGCUACAAAGUGACGCGAUGCCGUCAUGAGGUGGAUCAAACUUGCUCUGUCCUGCGUGUAACCCCACUUUCUGAUUUAACUCCCCAACUCCUCCUGGAAGUUUCCCAAAACAUCCGGAGGAACCUGACCACUCUCACAGAGGCCUCGUCUCUGGCCAGUGAGAAAUCCAAGGACAGGUUUGCCAAAGAGCAGUUCAAAGCCAGUGUAAAGUGCAUGAGCACGAGCGCCACUGCGCUUCUCGCGUGUGUCAAGGAGGUGAAGACGAGCCCAAGCGAGCUGACGCGAAAUCGCUGUGUGCUUUUCAGUGGGCCGCUGGUUCAGGCCGUCAACGCACUGGUGGGAUUCGCCACUGAGCCCCAGUUCCUGGGCAAACCGGCUAAUCUUAGCGCAGAUGGUAAAGCGGUGCAGACGGCUGUACUGGGAGGCGCCAUGAGUGUAGUUUCAGCUUGCGUCCUCCUCACACAGGGUCUCCGAGACGUAUCCCAACAUGCCGAGAACAGCGCCCAGAUGCCUGCGUACCGCGAAAGGUUGCGCCAGUCAGCUUGCGCCGUCUCUGAUGGAUGCACAUUGCUCUCACAGGCGCUCAGGGAUCGAUCCUCGCCCAGGACUCUACCACCGGUCAACUCGCAUUCUGUGAAUUAAAACAAAGCCCAUUACAGAUAUUUUUUUCAAUGUACCAAAGAGACUAAUAUGCUUUAACCCCUUGUUGUGUGAUCCUGUUGAGUGAAUGUAGUGAAUUUGUACAAAUUUGUCUGUCCAACUAUUCCUGUGCAACCAAGGUGGCAGUUUUUUUUUUGCACUGGAUGUAAUAAAAAAAACCUAGCCGAAACUGA